UUCUUGACUUAGUGUCGAUUAAACUGAUCGCGCGAGCAGUCAUGUGCGCUUCUAGCUCGCGUUUGCUUCCCCGUCGUGAGAAUGCCAUCCGUGUUUGAUUUAUUGGCGCGUAUUGGCGGUGUGGGCAGUGAAUGCAAUUAUUUUUUACGUCACCCUUAAAUCAUAUCAGUGAGUGCUUUCUCCAUCAAUUCAAUUGAUUGCAAAAUAUGACCGCCGGUUCUAAGUCGGAAGAACAAGUUUGUAGAAAAUCGAAUCGACGAGUUGCGCAUCGCCUCGUGUGAUACAGGGUUCGAUCGGUGCUAGUCGAAUGUACGGUGGUCAUUUCGGUUUUGUCGUUCGUGACCAUGGCAUCGAUUGGGAGUUGGUGGCGCGUGGUGCAAAACGAAAAGGACCGUUCGAGUGGGCUUGAGAGUGAUUUUGAAUAUCGCGAACGAUGGAUCACAAUACGAUUGGUGUAUGUGAGCGGCUUCUUAAUGUUUCUAUCGUUUGGCGUGGUGACGACUGGGCUAUGGCCAUACCUGCAAGACAUGGAUCCCACGGUUGGCAAGCCGUUUCUGAGUGUCGUAUUUGCCGCUCCACCUGCCGGUCAGUUGAUCUUUAGUCCACUUAUCGGCUGGUGCUCGAAUAGAUUAUCAUCAAUCCGCGUUCCGUUCGUGAUACUGACAGCUUUGUUUGUGUUUGGCAAUGGGCUGUACAGCGUCGUGGAGCUGUUCCCCACACCGCACCGAAGGUACGUCCUACUGUUGGCAAGGUUUGUCUUUGGCAUAUCGACGUCAAUCAAUACGCUUAGCCGAGCGUACAUAUCGACGGCCACUAAGCUGUCCGAGCGAACCGGUGCCAUAUCGAUGAGCUCGUUGGCUCAAACGUUCGGGCUAGCAGUGGGGCCCAUCAUUCAAGCGGCCCUAUCAACCAUUGGCAAGGAAGGAUUAAUGUGGUACGGGCUGCGGAUUAACAUGUACACGAUGGCGGGGUGGAUUUGUGCGGCCCUUGGCGUGGUGUACAUACUGUUUCUGAAUCCUUCCUGCUUCGUGCAUCGUACUAUCGCCGCCCAGGAAGCGAUGAAAACGACCGGAUUCAGCAAAGCGACGGAUACGUACGAACCGUUGAAAAUGUUCUCGAUCUGGACGGUCAUGAUCGGUUACAGUGUGUUGAUGUUUUUCUACGUGUCUGUUCAAACCGCCCUUUCACCGAUAUCGCUCGAUCAGUUCGGCUGGAGCCACGAGGAAUCUCUGUAUUACCUGGGCAUCUUAAUUACGGGCGGCACUUUGUGCUCUUGUGCCGUGUUUCUGCUGUUGCCUCAGUUAUGUAAACGGUUUCAGGAGCACAAUGUGUUUCUCUUUUUCGCUAUUGUACCACUGUUUAUCAGUCAAGUGGUGAUGAUACCGAUGGGUAGCAAAUCAAUUCCAAUGUUAGAUUCGUCGAAUAAUAGAAGUACGGGCGUUGGUGGUGGCGGUGGCUGUCCAAUCGAACAGGAAUGGUGUAAUUCUAUUCCUCCCAUUAAUCAAUACCAAUUAACUAUCUCAUACACGAUGCUGUGUAUUUCGUUCUCGGUUGGAAUAGCCAUUAGUCAAACGAUUCUUUCGAAACUGCUCGGCACCCGGCCGCAGGGCAACUGGAUGGCGCUGUACACGAGCAUUGGCGGACUAACGCGCAUCAUAGGACCGGCCUCGGUAGUGGUGUACGUGCGUUUCGGAACUUAUUGGCUGUUUGGUUUGGGUGCGAUGAUAUCGGGGCUGCUACUGAUUUGGAUGUGGUGCUACAAAAGUCAUCUGCGAACGACUAAAAAGAUUAACCACGCGGAAGAAAUGCAGCGCAUGGCCAAUGGAGUAGCAGAAUGAUACGGAGAACAGUCAGAACAAGAAGGGAUGCGUUAAUACAAUUGCGAUAUUUAUUAGAAAAUCGAUACUCGGCACCGGUAUUAAUCACCGGUCGGUUGCUGGAAUGUCGUUCCCCUGCAUAUUCAUAGCUUCUUCUAGUGUGUUGGGCAGCUCGUUGUUUAGCGUUUCGGGAAAUUGGAGUGAGGUUAUUGCGGACGAGAUGCCGAGACAGCCAAACAGUAUCAUCGGCAGCGGUGUCCACACUUUAGCCAACAGCGGUGUCUGCGGUGCUAUCAUCGAUCCGAUGCGUCCAAACAUGGAGCAGGUAGACAGUAGGCUUUGGCGUAGAUUGGUGGGGAAGAUUUCCACAGUGUAGAUGUACAGUGUGCCGAACGACAUUGUUAUACUAAGUUUACUGAGCAAAAACAGGGUAAGGUGUAGGGCUGGAGCAUCUGUAAGAGAGGAAUACAGUUUGAUUAAACACAGUAUGGGUCCGGGGAAGGAAUAGCUACGUACCAAUGUCAGCAAUAAACACGGAAAUGAUGCAAAACAGCCCACUUAGAACAAGCGUAGUGAAAAGUGUCUUUUUGCGUCCGACACGAUCGAGAAUGAGUUGCAUCAAAAAGAACCCGGGAAGCUCGAUGAGCGAGACAAGAAUAAAGUUAAGAUACUUGUUGCCCGACAGCGACACGGAAUUGAGA